AUGUUGGAUGCGUUCCUCAAGGCCUUGGUUUUGAACAACAGCGCUUCCAAGAUCAAGCGCAUCAUUCUCGUUUGCGGAGCAAAACAAUAUGGCGUCCAGCAUGGUCGGGUCAAGAUCCCGAUGCAAGAAACGGACCCCUGGCUUCCCGAGGACGCCCCAUUCGCACCAAACUUCUACUACCGCCAGCAGCGCAUCCUUCACGCCUUCUGCGCCGCCCACCCCAGCAUCUUCUGGGUUGUAACUUACCCAAACGAGGUGAUCGGCUUCGCCAAAGGCAACUUCAUGAACUUCGGCACCGCCGUCGCCAUCUACGCCGCGGUCCAGCGCGAGCUUGGCAGCAACGAGCUCGUCUUCCCCGGCGCCGAGGACUUUUACACCAGGCUCACAAUGUUUUCAGACGCCCGCCUCCACGGCCAUUUCUGCCGCUGGGUCGCGCUCGCCCCUGACGCCGGCAACCUCUCCUUCAACGUCGUCAACGGCGAUGCGGCCUCUUGGCAAGACCUCUGGCCGCGCGUCGCCCGCUACUUCAGCCUCCACGUCCCGGCAGACCAGUUUACGCGUCCGGCCCCGGCAGCGUCGGCGCGCAAGCUCGCCGCACGCACGCCGUUCUCCCUCUCCGCGGAGGCGAUCGGCGUGGCGACGAGCAGUGCCAGUGGCGAGCAGAAGCAAGAACAGUCGCACAUCCGGCAGAGGAUCGACCUGGUGGAAUGGAGCAGGAGCGGCGAGGUCCAGGAGGCGUGGAGGCGGCUCGCCGCACGGGAAGGCCUCGACGGGGACGCGCUCGACAGGGCAUCGUGGGCCUUUGCCGGGUUCGCGUGGGGACGGGACUACGAUGUCGUGCUGAGCAUGAGCAGGGCGCGUCAGCUGGGGUGGACAGGCUACGUGGACUCUUGGGACGGGUUUGAGACGGUGUUCCGGGGACUGGCGGAUGCAAAGGUCAUUCCGAAGCAGAAGUGGUGA